UAAGAGCCAACAAGAAAUUAACGUCAUUCAUCUUCUCUACAAAAAUCAUAGAUCAAUCUAUUUCUUAAAAUCUCAAUCUCUUUAAAAAUGGCAACCUCUAGCUUCGAAUCGAUUCGAGCUAGAGCUAUGUGGCGGACUUGCUUAGCCUCCGCCUUUCGAACCGCCUUGGCUUGUUCGAUAGUUGGUGUUGCCACCCUUUUCGGGCCCGAAUGCUUCAAAACUCAAGUCGCAUUCCCAGCUUUCUCCUACGUUACGGUUAUUCUCGUCGUGACUAAUGCCACGUUAGGUGACACUUUACGUAGUUGUUGGCUCGCACUUUAUGCCACAAUUCAAGGUGUUUGUCCCGCUAUACUGAGCCUGUGGUUGAUAGGGCCGGGCAGGCUCACGGCCAGCACCACGGCUACGGCCGUGGGGCUGAGCGCGUUUUUUGUGGUCCUGCCCGAAAAUACUCACUUGAUAGCGAAGCGUAUCGCGCUAGGGCAACUUGUUAUUGUGUAUGUUAUAGGUUAUAUUAAUGGUGGAAAAACGGAACCAAUUAUGCACCCGAUUCACGUUGCCGCUAGCACGGCGGUUGGAGUGGUGGCUUGUGUUUUAGCAUUGCUGCUUCCAUAUCCAAAUCUUGCAUGUUGUGAGGUAAAAGAGAAGAGCAGGCUCUUCGUGGAAAAUGCUGCCGAGAGGAUUAACCUGUUUGUGAAGGCAUUCUCGGCUGAAGACAACACUUCAGCACUUGCUUUAAUUCUUCAAGCGAAGUCCUUAGUUAACAAUGGACCCAAACUUCUCCAAGCCAUUAAAUCCAAACAAGAAAGCAUGAAAUGGGAAAGAUUUCCUUUCAAGUUCUUAAGAUCCUAUGGAGAUAAUCCAGGGGACAAAUUUCAAGAAAUCCAAACACCCUUAAGAGGGAUGCAAAUUGCAUUGGAAAAUUCUCCUCCAUUUCCAGUUGGUAUUCUUAACACAGAGCUAAAAGAUGGUCUAGAAAAACUAGGAGAUCACAUCUCAAAGCAAAUCAAGAACAUGUCCCUAAUUGAGUCAGCCACUGUCCCAGAGUCAGAUGCACAUGAUGCAGAAAAGUUCCUCCAAACACUUCAAACAAUUCAACCAACCAAAAAAGAUCUACCCUCUUUAUUUUUCAUUUUUUGCCUAAAAAAUCUAUUAAGCAAACCAAUAUUCCCUUUAUCAUCCAAAAAAGAAUCCAUUGGUUCCAACAAACAAGUUGAUCAAGAAGAAUUUAUGAGGAAGACAUGGAACAAUUUGGCAAUUACUAUAAAUAGCAGAAGAUUUAUGGCAGCUUUUAAGUGUUCACUUUCAUUAGGAUUUGCUAUUCUUUUUGGAUCAAUAUAUAGCAAAGAGAAUGGAUUUUGGGCAGGGCUGCCAGUUGCAAUAAGCCUUGCAGCAACAAGAGAAGCAACAUUUAAAGUUGCUAAUAUUAAGGCACAAGGGACAGUAUUGGGAACAGUAUAUGGUGUCUUAGGAUGUUUUCUCUUUGAAAGAUUUGUGCAAAUAAGGUUCUUGUCUUUGCUUCCUUGGUUCAUUGUCAGCAGCUUUUUGAGCCGUAGCCGGAUGUACGGCCAGGCAGGUGGGAUUUCGGCUGUUAUUGGCGCAGUACUAAUUCUAGGUAGACAAGGAUUUGGUCCCCCAAGUGAAUUUGCCAUAGCAAGAAUCACAGAAACCUUCAUUGGAUUAUCAUGUUCCAUCAUGGUCGAAAUUUUGUUCCACCCAACAAGAGCUUCUACAUUAACUAAAAUCCAGCUCUCCAACAGCUUCAAAAUAUUGCACGAAGGCAUCGACUCGAUAACCCUCUCGUCAUCUAACAAAAAUAGUUUAGACGAAAGCCUAACUAAGCUUAAAUUCCACAUAAACGAAUUGGGAAAAUUCAUAGCGGAAGCUGAGGCAGAGCCCAAUUUUUGGUUUUUGCCUUUUAGUAGUGCUUGUUAUGGUAAGCUCAUAGGGUCCUUAUCAAAAAUGGUGGAAUAUUUACAUUUUGGGUCACAAGCACUAAGAUUCCUCGAACAACAAUCAACAAGUACCUCAAUAGACAGUAAUGUCUGGAAAGCAAUUGUGAACAAACUAGAUGCUGACCUCAUGCUUUUCAAGGAUUUAAUUGGCACGUCCACUAAAUGUUUCGAGGAGGUUAGUUCGGUAAAAUCACUCGCGGUACUUGAUAAAGAAUUCGAGAAGAAGAAAAAUUCAAUUGAUAUUGAGUUGGGAAAAUCAUCAUCAUAUAAUACAAGGUCCUCAAGUGAUGAAGAUGGAAAUGAGAAAAACUUAAGUUCUUAUAUUCAACAUUCAAAUGAACUUGUGGAUGUUAUGGUCAAUGGUGGUAAUAAAAGUGAAUUGGUUUUGAGUUUGAGUGCUUUGGGUUUUUGCAUGGAGAGUCUUGUGAAGGAGACUAAAGAGAUGGAGAAGGCAAUUAAAGAACUUGUACAGUGGGAGAACCCAUCAUGUCAUGUAAAUUUGUAUGACAUUUCUUGUAAAGUACGGGCUUUAGCCAAUACUGAAACAAACUGAAAUCAAUGAAAUUCGAGAUUAAUUUUGAAUUGCUA